AUGGCUCGGGUUUAUCGCGAUGUAAACCAGAGGUUUGGACUGUCUUGGUAUGACUAUGAGGCCUUCCACAUCGAAUGGAGCCAACCGGAGCGAUACGAAAUUACUUGCCGAGUCGGUGGUGGCAAGUACUCGGAUGUUUUCGGGGCUUUGGAUGUGGAAAACAAUGACCCUUGUGUGAUCAAGGUCCUGAAGCCCGUCGCUGCACGAAAGGUCAAGCGCGAGAUCAAGAUUCUCCGCAAUCUCGCUGGAGGCCCCAACGUUAUUGGAUUGCUGGACGUCGUUCGGGACUCCUCGAAGAGAUACCACAGCUUGGUGAUGGAGUAUGUGGACAAUGUGGAAUGGAAACAGUUGUUCCCCAAAAUGACAGAAGGGGACAUCAAACAUUACACGUUCCAACUAUUGAAGGCUCUGGACUUCACCCACUCGCAUGGUGUUAUCCACCGCGAUGUUAAACCAGGCAAUGUAAUGAUCAACCAUUCUCGUGGAGAGCUUAAGCUUAUCGACUGGGGACUCGCGGAAUUCUACCACCCAGACACUGAAUAUCAUAUUCGCGUCGGUUCGCGCUACUACAAGGCGCCAGAACUGUUGGUCGGCUAUAAAAUGUACGAUUACAGCCUCGACCUAUGGAGUGUCGGUUGCAUGUUUGCAUCCAUGAUCUUUCGACGCGAACAUUUUUUCCGCGGUUUGGAUAAUGACGAUCAGCUAUUGAAGAUUAUGAAAGUACUCGGGACACCGAAAUUCGAUCAGUACCUACAAAAAUAUUCUAUACACCUUGAAACGGACCAUGAGGCCCUUCUUCAAGACUAUUCGCGGCUUGCUUGGACGCGAUUCAUUACCGCCGACAACCAAUCAGUAGCUUCAGUUGAGGCAAUUGAUCUACUGGAUAAACUGCUCAGAUAUGAUCAUCAGGAACGGUUGACAGCCUCUGAGGCUCAGUCACAUAUUUACUUCAAUUCGGUUCGCUUGGAAGCUUCAUCCGGAAAGAAGGAAGCAGUCAGUGACUCCGGAUUCUGUUCUACAUGA